AACUUAACUCUGUCUCUGUCGGUGUGAGCAGUAAAAUGGCUGAAGGUGGAGGUUUAUUCGAUCAGGACCAGUUCAGCUGUGCGAUCUGCCUGGAUCUGCUGAAGGAUCCGGUGACUAUUCCCUGUGGACACUGUUAUUGUAUGGAUUGUAUUACGGGCUGCUGGGAUCAGAGUGAUCAUACUGGAGUCUACAGCUGUCCCCAGUGCAGACAGACAUCCACUCCAAGGCCUGUUCUGGGCAAAAACACCAUGCUGGCUGGAGUGGUGGAGAAACUGAAGAAGACAGGACUCCAAGCUGCUACUCCUGCUCACUGUUACGCUGGACCUGGAGACGUGGCGUGUGAUGUCUGCACUGGGAGAAAGCGCAAAGCCGUCAAGUCCUGCCUGAUGUGUCUGGCCUCUUACUGUGAUACUCACUUCAAACUUCACAAUGAACUCCACCCAGGAAACACACAUAAUGUCAUCAAUGCUACUGGAAACCUGCAGGACAGUAUUUGCCCUCAACAUAAAAAGUUUUUGGAGGUCUUCUGCCGUACUGAUCAGCAGUGUAUCUGCAUGCUGUGUGCAAUGGAUGAACAUAAAGGCCAUGAUACAGUCUCAGCUGCAGCAGAAAAGACUGAGAAACAGAAGCAGCUGGGGGUGACACAGAGUAAAUUCCAGCAGAGAAUCCAGGAGAGAGAGAAGGAGCUGCAGAACCUGAGACAGGCUGUGCAGUCACUCAAGCGCUCUGCACAGGCAGCAGAGGAGGACAGCGAGAGGAUCUUUACUGAGCUGAUCAGCUCCAUUGAGAGAAGGUGCUCUGAGGUGAAAAAGCUGAUCAGAGAUCAGGAGAAGGCUGAAGUGAGUUGGGCUGAAAGUUUCCAGGAGCGACUGGAACAGGAGAUUGCUGAGCUGAGGAGGAGAGACGCUGAGCUGGAGCAGCUUUCACACACAGAGGAUCACAUCCAGUUCCUCCAGAGCUGUCAGUCUCUCUGUGCCCCUCCUGGACCUGGAGAGUUUCCCAGCAUCACUGUCAGUCCACACAUCUCUUUUGAGGCAGUGAGGAAAUCUGUCUCUGAACUAAAAGAGCAGCUUGAGGAUUUCUGCAGGGUGGAACUGGUCAAUAUUUCCGAAUCAGUAAAAGAAGUCCAUACUUUAGAGCCCAGGACCAGAGAGGAUUUCUUACAGUAUUCCUGUCAACUCACACUGGACCCCAACACAGGAAAUCAAUACCUCCAUCUCUCUGAGGGGAACAGAGAGGUGACCUGUGUGGAAGAGAGCCAGUCAUAUCCUGAUCAUCCAGAGAGAUUUGACUACUGGGCCCAAGUGCUGUGCAGAGAGGGUCUGUCUGGAUGCUGUUACUGGGAGGCUGAGUGGAGUGGGGAUGAUGGGGUUUAUAUAGCAGUGUCAUAUAAAGAGAUCAGCAGGAAAGGGCAGAGUGAUGACAGUGCUCUGGGAGGUAAUAACAAGUCAUGGAGUUUGUGCUGCUCUCCCUCCAGUUACUAUUUGUGGCACAAUAAUGAGAGCACUGAAAUCCCUGUCCCCCCCUCCUCCAGAAUAGGAGUGUACCUGGAUCACGGGGCAGGAACUCUGUCCUUCUACAGCGUCUCUGACACAAUGACCCUCCUGCACAGAGUCCAGACCACAUUCACUCAGCCACUUUAUCCUGGGUUUGGGCUUUAUUUAGGAUCUUCUGGAAAACUGUGUGAUCUGGGGCAAGAAAGACAAAAGAAAAAUAAGCAGGAAUCAAAUCAAGUAGGGAAAUUCAAACCAAUAACACGGCACUAUUUUAUAACUGAAAUUUAAAUCUUUCUUCCUUUGUCAGUUUUAAAAGCAGUAGCAAGCAGUUCAUGGGUGUUAUCUUAAAUUGAUUUUAUAACCUGAAAAAUCAUGUAAUUGCAUUUAUCUUACAAUUUUUACAUUAAUUUCAAGAGGUUCGAAUACCACUGGCUGAAGCUUGGCUUGGCUGUAGAAGGAUGAAAGUUUGGGUUUAGAGCCUAAAAAUUAACUGGAUUCAAACAUGGUUUAUGAAUGACUUCAACUAUGGUCAGAAAAUAAGUAAACUCUUUAUUUUUUGACAGGGACAGCAUUUCAUUGUUAUUGACUCAAAUUGUACAGUUCAGUUUCAUUUGUUUCUGAAAUAAAGGUCUUACAAUCUGUG